UAACACACGGAUCAUGGAGGAAAAUAAAGAUACUAAUUCCAAAGAAACUGAAGAAUAUGAAGAUGACUUUGAGAAGGACCUGGAGUGGUUAAUUAAUGAAAAAGAAAAAAGUGAUGUCAGCAUAAUAGAGAUGGCUUGUGGGAACGAAGAGAACAUCAGCCAAGAAUUAAAAGAGAAUGAAACAGAAGCGGAGUGUGCCAGACAGCUCUCUGAUCCUGACAAAGCUUUGAGGGAUGAGAUUUCCCCAAGAAGUGACUUCAUUUCUGUACCGAGUAGUCAGCCCUUGGAUCCAGUAUCAGAUUCAGACAGUGAAAACUCUGUCCAAGAAUCCAAACUGGAGGGCCAGAAAGACCUGGAGGAGGAUGAAGAUGAGGAAGUAAGGAGAUACAUUAUGGAGAAAAUUGCACAAGCCAACAAGCUUCUACAGAACCAAGAACCCGUGAAUGAUAAAAGGGAGCGAAAGCUUAAGUUCAAGGACAGAUUAGUGGACCUAGAAGUUCCUCCGCUGGAAGACACUGACAACUACAAAAAUUAUUUUGAAAAUGAAAGUCACGUGUCUGGAAAACUGUCACAGUUACAAAUUUCCAAUGAAUCUGGACAAGAAAAUGUGCUCCUGUCCAUCACUGAUGGAAGUUGUGAAGAAAGCAAGGACAGGAAGAUACUCGUCGAGAGAGAUGGAAAGUUCGAACUUCUGAAUUUACAGGACAUUGAGAGCCAGGGGGUUUUGCUCCCCAUUGAUAAUGUCGAUAGUACAGGAAAUGAACCCCAGCAGUCGUCACCCAGGUCUUCCAGCCCAUCUGUCAAUGGUGUGGAGAAAGAAGAGCCUGUAGCAAAGAUUCAGGGCUCAUCAACAGAGGAGCCGCUGGCUUCUCUGCCUCAGGUCCCGCCCAACCCCAAGACUGGCCCAAGCUCCGCCGCCAACUCAGACUCAAGUAAGGGCAACGGGAAGCCCCAUCCCAGGAUGCAGUCUGUGACCGUAUCGCCAGUGACCUCAACCUAUUGUCUUUCCCCUCGACAGAAGGAACUGCAGAAACGGCUAGAACAAAAGAGAGAGAAGCUGAAGAGAGAGGAAGAACAACGGAAAAUAGAAGAAGAGAAAGAAAAGAAAAAGGAGAACGACCUGGUAUUUAAAGCGUGGUUGCAGAAGAAAAGGGAGCAGGUCAUAGAACUGAGGCGUGUUCAGCGGGCAAAGCAAAUUGAAGACAUGAGUAGUAGACAGGAAAACAGAGACCCGCAACAAGCUUUUCGAUUAUGGCUUAAAAAGAAGCAUGAAGAGCAGCUGAGAGAAAGGAAGACGGAAGAACUCCGGAGGCAGGAGGAAUUCCUAUUCUUCCUUAAAGGAGCCGAAGGCCGCGACAGGGCCUUUAAGCAGUGGCUUAGAAGGAAACGGAUCGAAAAACUGGUAGAGCAGCAAGCCGCAAAGGAAAGAGCGAGGCAGCUGCGACUAGAAGCGAAGCGCUCUAAACAGUUAAAUCAGCUGUACAACACGUCCGAAGCCAAAUCUUUUCGUUUCACUGACUAUUACAACUGA